ACGCACAUGAUCGCGACGGGCGGGCCGGACUGCGUGCUGCGCGUGUGGAACCCGUUCGUGUGCGAGAAGCCGUCGGCGCAGCUGCUCGGCCACCACGCCGCCAUCGUGUCCAUCGUGAUCCAGGACGCCGGGCGGCGGCUCUUCAGCCUGGACGCGGCGCGCUGCGUGCGCGUGUGGGACGGCGCCACGCACGCGUGCGUCCAGUCCUACUCCACCAUGAUGGAGACGCGGCGCGUGCCGCUCGCCACCUACUACCACCCGCUCUCGCGCGUCUGGAUGAUCGCGGCGCGCGACAUCGCGCUCGUGCAGCUGUGCGCCCGCCUCAACCCGGACCGCACGGACGGCCACACGCACACGGCGCCCGUCACGCGCGUGCUCUACAACCCGCUCUUCAAAUGCGUGGUGACGACCGGCAUGGACUCGUGCAUCAUGGUGUGGGACCCGUGGCGGGGCACGCGCACCCGCUUCAUCCGGCACGCGCACUCGCUCGUGCGCUACGGCCGCGACGAGCCGGUCGAGAUCACGGCGGCCUGCUUCGACCCGCCGCAGCAGCUGCUGCUCACGGGCGCCGCCAACGGCACCCUCAAGAUCUGGAACUUCAACGCGGGCGUCUGCGUCCGGAACAUGGCCAUCGGCAACAACCUGGAGGUGACGGCGGUCAUGUGGGUGCCGCUGCGCAUCCUGGCCGUGGGCUGGAACAUGCGCGUCAUGGAGUGGGCGGACGGCGGCGCGUCGCUGCGCGGCAAGUCCUGGGAGCUGCGGCACACGAGCCACGUGCUGUGCGCCGACACGCGCCCGCCAGACGCGCUCGCCACCGCCACGGACAACGGCGAGCUCGUCAUCUGGCGCCUCGAGACCGGCCAGCCGUACGCGCGCUACCGCGUCGACGCGCCCAUCCACAAGUGCGUGUCGCCUCGAAAGCCCGGAUCUAGAGGCGCGCAGGGCCCGCCGCGCGUGCACCAGCUGCGCUUCCUGCGCUCGCGCCCCGUGUCCCGCGGCGUGGGCUCGCUGCUCGUCGCGCUCUCCAGCGGCUACGUGCAGGUCUGGUCCCACCACCCCGUCGGCGGCUACCUCACGCAGUUCCUCGCGGUGCACACUGUCACCGACUACGUCAUGAGCAUGGAGACGGACCCCGACUGCAACUUCCUCUUCACUGGCCACUCGGUGGGAUACAUCAAGAUAUGGCUCAUGUCCAACUUCUGCUACCCCGGCGGCCCCGUGGUCCCCCUCUUCCUGCCCGCCUUGAGGAAGCAGUUCCCCUUCCUGUUCCGGGACCGUAUUCCGGGCAGGGCGAAGCGGGCCGUGCGAGCGCAGGACCUUCCGAUGCUGCUCUCGUCCGUGCGGGGUCACCUGCAGCCCGUUACCUUUCUGCAGUACUGCGCCGAGAACAAGAUUCUCUUCAGCUCGAGCGCUGACCGCUCCGUGCGCCUGUGGUCCUUCUCCGGGGAGUACAUUGCCACCCUGGGCACCAUGCUGCCGUGGCCCGAGCUGUUCCCGGACAGCGUGUGGGAGCCCGCCAUCGACCAGCCCCCGCGCGUGCCCGCCGACCUGAAGCGGGUGUCGUCCUCCACGACGCUCAAGGUGCUGAACCGGGGCCUGGUCGAGUGGCUGACCCCCGGGCUGGUGGACCGCGCCAAGCAGACCCGCCAGUCUCUGCGGCCCAUCACGGCCGAGGACGUGUUCCCCGGCACCUACGGCAUGAGGCUCUACAAGCCCAUCCUGGGCCGCUGCUACGAGCUGCCCAGCAAGGCCAUAGGACGCACCCCUAAAGUCACUCUGGACACGGACCUGGACAAGAUUCCGGUUUUGAAACACAUCAAGACGGUCGAGGAGCAGGAUGUGCCGAGGCCACCUACACCAGAGUGCGUGCAAGCUCUUCACACUUUCAGGUUGCCGUCCUCCCUGCUGUCGACGACGGGCUUACCCACGCGGCAGGCGUCCAUGGCCUUCCCCCAAUCUACCCAGAGACAUAAAGGAAAUCAUUAA